UUGCCGGGAACGCGCAACCGCGCACUCUACCGGUAACACGUAAAGUUAUAAUUAUACGGCAAUAAGACACGAGGUAUAAUAUAUUCUUUCCCUUGAUGGGCAGUUGCCACGACAGAAUUCUUAAGUCAAAGUAUGAUUUUAUCAAUAUGGACUAAUCUACUGUUUAUAAAUCGGAUCGAUUUGAAAUAAUCGAAAUUCAAAGGGGGCAUUAAGAAUAUAUCAUUAUGGCAUUACCAUCUUCACGCAACCCAAACACGAUAUCAUGGAGUGGUGGCCGAUCGCGGGGAAGAGUAAAGGUAGCUGAGGUUCCAUUAAGAAGACCAGGAGAAAAUCCAUCCAGCAAAUAUAAUCAAUUCGUGUGCGAUGACAUUAUAGAGAGAAUAAAUAAUCUUGGUAUAAAUGAAUUGAUACCAGCAGAACAAAUAAAUGAUAUAGUUCAUCUUGUUCAUACUACAAAGGAUGAAGAAACUUUAAAGUUCAUGUUUGACAUGCUAUAUAAACGUGCUUUGGAAGAUAAAAUCUUUGGCAUAAAGUUAGCGAGUUUAUUCAGCGAUGUUACAUUCUUUACCAUCGAGGUUAAUAAGAACCAAACUAUGCGAUAUCUAUUGCUGAGCACUUUGCAAAAUGAUUACAAGAGAAAAAAAGAAAUAAGAGAAGAAAGUGCUACGUUAUUUCGUAACGUUGUUUCUUUACUCGGAGAGAUUUAUUAUCAAAUGACGCUAAUAACGGGUAAACCUUUAAGAAUAUUGGAAUUACCAUUGCUCGAUUAUUGGAGCAUGUUAUUAGAAACCGCAACCGAGGAAGACAUCGAGCUUGUUGCUACGCAGAUUAUUAUUAAUGGUAAAGGAAUGUAUAAAAGACCGGAAUUGGAUGAAUUUAUGUUAAAUGUAAGAGAAACUCUUAGUAGAAAUAAUACCUUAUCGUACGCAGCCAAGGGAAUGUUGUUAUUGAUCAUUGAUUUGGCUAAUCAACAAUUUAAUUCACUCCCUGUAAAUUUGUACGAUUAUUAUACGUCUCAUCUUGGUACGAAAGUUUUGAUAUAUUUACAAAGGCACAACAAGGAUCUUACUAAUGCUGGAAAUAACGAAGAUUUAAAAAUUGUAAAAAGUUUGGAAGAAAAUAAAAAUGAUACGAAUCAAGAAUCCGAGCUAGGUAGUACCUCGAUGGUACAGUCUAAACAGAAAGCAUCGUUUAAGGAUGAAAAUUGUGAACAAACAGAUUAUGCGGUAAUGAAUACCGAUAAAAAGAAUUUUACAACAGAAAAUACUGUUCCAAGAGCGAUACGAGGGCCUGGGGCUAAUAAUACUAAGAAGAACUUUAAAAGUAACUCCAAACCUUUCACAAAUCCAAUAUCACCUAAGCCCGGUAAUAGGAACAAAGGAUGGGAACACGACGAUCGAUUUGAAGAUGCUUAUGAUUAAUAAUAUAAAUGAUGAACAUUUAGUUCGUACGCAGUGCUGUAUUAUAUAUAAAUGAACGUAUGUGUGUAACUGGCGAUCAAAAAUGUGAAAUAAUUGAAAAUAAUUGUAUUAGAAAAUUAAAGCCUUUUUCAAGAUUCA